UUUGCAGGAUGCAUCGAAGGAGAGGCUGGUUGCAAAACGUGUCGAGGUGCUUUAUGCUCGCGAUGUGCCAUUCUUUAUCAUGAUGGGUCUUGCGUUGACUCGUGUCCACCGGGUCACUCUGCUGUUCCGUCCACGAGAGAGGAAUACAUUGGUUUCGUCUGCAAGGAAACAAUAAGAAAAUUUAUGUUUGGUCUCUCAGGAAGUCAAAUAGCGAUCCUCGUUGGCGUUGCCUCCGGUGCCACAAUAUGCAUCUUUAUCAUUCUCUGCGGAGUUAUUGUUGUACAUCGAAGAAAGAAAAAAGCAGCCAAAAUGAUUCAGCACUUUGAAGACAGCGCUGAGAGGAGAGAAUUUUUAAAGCACCUCGCGACCCUCAGAGGUGAGGGGACUACGUUUCUCUCAAUGCUCAACGACACCCGAAGACAGGUCAGAGAAUUGCACUACUCAGGAAAUAAUGGGGAUGGAGCUGUUGGUAUUCAAGCUUACAGACCCGUUCUCCGUGAUCUUGCCAGAAUUCUAGUACUGAUAAAUAGAAGAGACGAUGAAAUACCAAGACCCCCGGAUGACUGGCAAAGACUGCUCUCUUGGGCUGAACGACUUCUUCGAAGAUACAAACGACACACAUCUCCACAAGUUGCGCAACUGGUGACAUUUCUCCAGCAGCCAGCAACAUCCGUCCAAAUAGGAACAAAUCCACAACAAAUAUCGAUAUCGCAGACAUUUCAAAAUUAUGAGCCAAGAGCAACACCAACGAAUCUCACGACAUUUCAGGCGAAUGCUCCACUAACGACAUUCCAAGCUAGUGAUAAAUCGAGCAUUAGUCCAGCAAGUUCAAGUAUUGGCUACACAAAAGACAGUCCAGUGGGUUCGAGUCUUGGUCAAAAUAGCUCGAGCAUUUACAAUGAGAAACUCAGUCCGAACGGUUCCACAAUUGGCCAAUCAACGCCUUUGGUGUCAACAAAGGAUAAACGUGUGAAACCAGUGGGAUCGCAUCUACAAGAACUCGCCAUUUCACCAUUCAAUCACACUUACAGUCCCGACAGUAAUUUAGCGCAUAAUAAACAUUUAGUUGAUAAUAAACAAUUGGGCGAACUCGAUCACGAAUUAAAUCCACAAUGGGAAUUCGAGAGUACAAUCGAGGCUGCAAAUUUCACCAUUUUAUCCGAAUGGGCUCCGGGUCGUGACUACCUCGACGAUUUCACGAUUUUAGGAUUUCGACCACAAGACGAAAUUACCACCGAAUUGUAAUUAGUAGUCGAUUUCUUUUUGUAUUAUAUACGUUUUGUUUUCAUUUUUCGAAAAUAGGACAAAUUAAUUUAUCCUUUCUGAUUCACUUUUGUGCUGAAAAAAAAUACUUCCAUGAUUAUUCUUUCUGGUAUUGAUAAAUAGAAAUUAUUCUAUAAUUAUUUUAUACCUAGAAUUAUUUUUUAAUUUUAUUCAUGAAUUGCAUAAACUGAAUAUUUCAGUUUUCUUUAAAAAAAAUUAUAAUUCUGUUUUCGGUAAUGACAGAAUUUUGCUUUUUAAAAAAACCGAUAGCGUUUUUGUUUUUUUUGUAAUUGGACGAAGUGUCCUGAUAACAAAAUCUUUACCUAGAAAACCAAUUGUGAGUCACUUGAACAUUCUUAUACAUAGUAUCUACAUAUAACAUAUCUUUAAUUGUAGACGAAUAGAACGAGAUUAUAAGAACACCAAAUAAGAAUGAAUUUUUGUAUAAUAUAUAUAUUUGAUUAAUUUAUAAACAUGUCGAAAUAGAGUCGCAUUGUAGCCGGCUUCUCUCUCUGUGGGAAUUGACCGAUCUCUUUAUAUACAUGGCCACUUUGUACCUUUCCACUAAUUGUUAUGUCCCCUUCACUAUUAUACUUAUUCUUCAUUUCACUUUAAAAUUACCGUUGAAAUCAUUGUUUUUCUUCAACUCG